CUAUCAUGGAUCCUGAUGAUGCUGUACAAAAUCCUGAAGAAAAGGAAUAUUCUUCUGUCUGUGUUGGCAGAGAGGCAGACAUUAAAAAGUCUGAAAGAAUGACAGCUGUUGUCCAUGAUAGAGAAGUGGUCAUUUUCUACCACAGAGGAGAGUAUCAUGCUAUGGAUAUUCGCUGCUACCAUUCAGGAGGACCUUUACAUUUGGGAGAAAUAGAGGAUUUUGAUGGACGACCAUGUAUAGUCUGCCCUUGGCAUAAAUUCAAAAUUACUUUGGCAACAGGAGAAGGAUUAUACCAGUCUAUAAACCCGAAAGAUCCAUCAGCAAAACCCAAGUGGUGCUCCAAAGGAAUAAAGCAAAGGAUUCAUACCGUGACAGUGGAGAAUGGGAAUAUUUAUGUGACUCUUUCUAAGGAGCCUUUUAAGUGUGACUCUGAUUUUUAUGCUACUGGAAAAUACAAAGUGAUUCGGAGUUCUCCUUGACAAAAAGUAUGUGUAGGGCAGUGAAAAAUGCUGUGCUUGUUUUAAGAUAUUUUUGAAUAACUUUGUUUCAGUAUCAAAGAUGAAUUUUUUUCAAUACAGGUACAAGUAUUACUUUUAAAAAUUGUAUAGAUCAGUGAAGUUUAAAAGCACAUGUACUGAGAGUGUGUAUCAUGCUAAGGAUUACCCUGAGGACAACAGAAUACAUUUCACCCAUAUUUCAUCCAAUCCCCUGGAUUGAUCCGAACCUGAAGGUUACAGGUUUGGGAUGUUCAAUUUAAGAAGGAUUCAAAUAAUUUAGAGUAAUCAACAUGAGUAACAGGUAAAAGGUAUGAUUUAGUAGGAGAAAUUUGUAUUAGAAAAAAGUCCCUUUUUAAUGUUGCAGACUAUUCUAGG